CAUUAGACGCUCUUGUUCUUGAAAAAUUUGUUGAUGUUGCUUUAAUAUCUUCUGAUAAAAUUUUUUCUGAAAUUUUGAGAAAAUUUUCUGAUAUCAGUCGACAAAAAAUAUCAUCUGAUAACAAAAUGAUUACCACUGCGAUGGAUUUAGCUAAUAGAAUUAGUGCUAGACCUGAGUUUUAUGAACUUUAUUUGCUGAAUAUUCUAUCACUAUUUGUAGAAAAAGGUGUUGAUAUUCAACAAACAAUUGCUAAGAAUGGUAGAUUCCAGGUUACAUCAUUGAUAGGUGAAAUUGGAAUAUUACUUCCAGUUCUCAAAACUCUUUUAUCUCAUAAUGAUUUUACAGUGCAUAUGAAUGCAUCUAAAGAAUUUGUUAGCCUUUUUCGUGAUAUGUGGUUUCAUUGUGUGUUAUAUGGUUUCGUUUCUGAAGAAUCAUGGAUGCGAGAAUGGCGUGAUUGUUUAACAAUGAUUGCUCAAAAAACACCACCACUUGUUCAGGAAAGUGCAACAAAUUAUCUAGAAAAAGACUUGGAAUAUAACUCAGUUUUAGUCAGGG